UUUAUUGUAAAAAUAACCUUAUUAGGACAUUAACAUCUACAACAUGUGUGUAUGUUUGUGUGUGUGUCUGUUUGUGUUUGUGUGGGUGUGUGUCUGUGUGAGCGUGCAUGCAUGUGUGUGUUCAAAUGCCUUUUGUGAAGGAUAUCAUAAGGUCUUGAGGCAAUCUAAUGAAAAAUGCCAUAUUUAUGCUACAGGGAAUGUGUAAAUCUGUCAUUUUUGACCAAUAAUAAUAAGCAGUAAUAUUAUAAAUCAUCAUGUUGUUGUUUGUUAACAAUUACAAUAACUUAUAACUGAAGUUUAAUUUCCUGUUUAUCACUGCUGGUUGUUAUGAAGUGUUACUGCUCCUCUGAUCUCUGUUGUCAGUGUUUCUGGUUCUACAGGAUUCUUUCUGUCUUCUCUUCUGUACCCCGCCUCCUCCUCUUCCUCCUGAUGAAGCUGAAACAGGUUUGUUGUUUUGCUGUCAGAGACAAAGGUUUCAGUUGACACACGCAAUAAGAUGUCUUAGUGUCCCAGUCUUCCAGGUCGAGCUGCAGCAUGAGAAACCCUCCAAUCAGAGCAGUCAAGACCCGUCAGAGACCAGACCCUGCUGAACCUGAACCUGAACCCAGCUGUGUGUCCUUUAAGAGUGACCGGUCACAUCAAGGCCUCAUUAACUUUAAAGGAGAGCAACCUUCUGCUGAAAAGAGGAUCCAUCAAAGACCAGACUCUGCUGAACCUGAACCCAGCUGUGUGUCCUUCAAGAGAGAACGGCUCAAUGAUUUUAAAGGUCAACAACCCACUGCUGAAAAGAGAGUGGACCAGGAGAGAUCAGAGGUUCCCAGUGGAAGUCGUUCUGGAGUUUGUAAGCGUAAACUCAAAUCUAACCUAAACAAGAAGUUCCAUUGUGUGUUUGUGGGGAUUGCUAAAGCAGGAAACCCAACCCUUCUGAAUCAGAUGUUCACAGAGAUCUACAUCACAAAGGGAGGGACUGCAGAUGUCAAUGAUGAACAUGAGGUCAGACAGAUUGAAACUAGGAAACCAGACAGACCACAAACAACAAUCAAACAAGAAGACAUCUUUAAAACCCCACCUGGAAGAGUUGAACCAAUCAGAACAGUGAUGACAAAGGGAGUGGCUGGCAUCGGGAAAACAGUCUUAACACAGAAGUUCACUCUGGACUGGGCUGAAGACAAAGCCAACCAGGACAUCCAGUUCACAUUUCCAUUCACCUUCAGAGAGCUGAAUAUGCUGAAAGAGAAAAGGUUCAGCUUGGUGGAACUUGUUGAUUACUUCUUUAGUGAAACCAAAGAAGCAGGAAUCUGCAGGUUUGAAGAGUUCCCAGUUGUGUUCAUCUUUGACGGUCUGGAUGAGUGUCGACUUCCUCUGGACUUCCUCAACACUGAGAUCCUGACUGAUGUUACAGAGUCCACCUCAGUGGGUGUACUGCUGACAAACCUCAUCAGGGGGAAUCUGCUUCCCUCUGCUCAGCUCUGGAUAACCACACGACCUGCAGCAGCCAAUUAGAUCCCUCCUGAGUUUGUUGACAUGGUGACAGAGGUCAGAGGGUUCACUGACCCACAGAAGGAAGAGUACUUCAGGAAGAAAUUCAGAGAUGAGGAGCAGGCCAACAGAAUCAUCUCCCACAUCAAGACAUCACGAAGCCUCCACAUCAUGUGUCACAUCCCAGUCUUCUGCUGGAUCACUGCUACAGUUCUGGAGGCUGUGUUGAAGACCAGAGAGGGAGGAGAGCUGCCCAAGACCCUGACUGAGAUGUACAUCCACCUCCUGGUGGUUCAGUCCAAAAUGAAGAACAUCAAGUAUGAUGGAGGAGCUGAGACCGAUCCACACUGGAGUGAAGAGAACUGGAAGAUGAUUGAGUCUCUGGGAAAACUUGCUUUUGAGCAGCUGCAGAAAGGUAACCUGAUCUUCUAUGAAUCAGACCUGACAGAGUGUGGCAUCGAUAUCAGAGCAGCCUCAGUGUACUCAGGAGUGUUCACACAGAUCUUUAAAGAGGAGAGAGGACUGUACCAGGACAAGGUGUACUGCUUCAUCCAUCUGAGUGUUCAGGAGUUUCUGGCUGCUCUUCAUGUCCAUCUGACAUUCAUCAACUCUGGAUUCAACGUGCUGACAGAAGAACAAAUAACCUCCCGCUCCCGGUGGUCUGAAGUGUUCAGAGACAAAUCAACACGUUUCUACCACAGUGCUGUGGACAAGGCCUUACAGAGUCCAAAUGGACACCUGGACUUGUUUCUCCGCUUCCUCCUGGGUCUUUCACUGCAGACCAAUCAGACUCUCCUACGAGGUCUGAUGACGCCGACAGGAAGUAGCUCACAGACCAAUCAGAAAACAGUUGAGUACAUCAAGAAAACGAUCAGUGAGAAUCUCUCUGCAGAGAGAAGCAUCAAUCUGUUCCACUGUCUGAAUGAACUGAAUUAUCGUUCUCUAGUUGAGGAGAUCCAACAGGCCCUGAGAUCAGGAUGUCUCUCCACAAAUGAACUGUCUCCUGCUCAGUGGUCAGCUCUGGUCUUCAUCUUACUGUCAUCAGAGAAAGAUCUGGAUGUGUUUGACCUGAAGAAAUACUGUGCCUCAGAGGAGACUCUUCUGAAGCUGCUGCCAGUGGUCAAAGCCUCCAACAAAGCUUUACUGAGUGGCUGUAACCUGUCAGAGAGAAGCUGUGAAGCUCUGUCCUCAGUUCUCAGCUCUCAGUCCUCUAGUCUGAGAGAGCUGGACCUGAGUAACAACAACCUGCAGGAUUCAGGAGGGAAGCUGAUUUCUGUUGGACUGAAGAGUCCACACUGCACACUGGAGACUCUCAGUCUGUCAGGCUGUCUGAUCUCAGAGGAAGGGUGUUCUUCUCUGGUCUCAGCUCUGAGCUCCAACCCCUCUCAUCUGAGAGAGCUGGACCUGAGCUACAAUCAUCCAGGAGACUCGGGAGUGAAGCUACUGUCAGCGGGACUGAAGGAUCCUCUCUGGACAUUGGACACUCUCAGGGUGGAGCCUGCUGGAGUCAGAUGGUUGACACCAGGUUUGAGGAAGUAUUCCUAUGAACUCACACUCGACAAAAACACAGUGAACAGAAAACUCAAACUGUGUGACAACAACAGGAAGGUGACAUUUGUGAUGGAGGAUCAGCCAUAUCCUGAUCAUCCAGAGAGGUUUGACUGUCCUCAGCUGCUGUGUAUAGAUGGUCUGACUGGUCGCUGUUACUGGGAGGUUGAGGUGAGAGGAGUGGUUGUUAUAUCAGUGAGUUACAGAGGAAUCAAGAGGAGAGGAUACAGUGCUGACUGUUUGUUUGGAUGUAAUGAUCAGUCCUGGAGUUUGAUCUGCUCUAAUGGUCAUUACUCUGUCCGUCACAAUAACAGAGAAACAUCCAUCUCCUCCUCCUCUGUUUCUGGUAGAGUAGCAGUGUAUGUUGACUGUCCUACUGGCUCUCUGUCCUUCUACACAGUCUCCUCUGACUCACUGAUCAACCUCCACACCUUCAACACCACAUUCACUCAACCUCUUUACCCUGGGUUCUGGAUCUGGUCUCGUUCCUCAGUGUCUUUGUGUUCUGUGUAGGACGGAGAGUCUCCUCCUGUUUCUCACUGCUGAUCAGUUGAGUCUGUACAGGAUCACACUUACAGAAAUAUUUCAGGUUAUUGUUAUAAACCAGGGGUGUCAAACUCAACUUCCCA